UCUCCGCCGCUUCUGACUACAGUUGAUGAGGAAGAUGCUCGCUGCCAUUUCACGUGUGCUGUCGGGCGCCGCCCAGAAGCCGGCAAGCAGAGUGCUGGUUGCAUCUCGUAAUUUUGCAAAUGAUGCUACAUUUGAAAUUAAGCAUCUUGCUGACAUUUGGGGAUAGGCAUGAAAAACAAGACAUUUUAAGUAAACGCUUGAAUAAGAAGAUUCUUGCAAUGUUUCUUUGAAUUCAGCUGACGUAAAUGUGAUCUUCACCGGCUGGAAGAAGGUCCUCCUGUCACGACAGUGCUCACUAGGGAAGAUGGGCUCAAGUACUACCGCAUGAUGCAGACUGUGCGCCGAAUGGAGCUCAAGGCAGAUCAGCUCUACAAACAGAAGAUUAUUCGUGGCUUCUGUCACUUGUGUGACGGUCAGGAAGCUUGUUGUGUGGGUCUGGAGGCCGGAAUAAACCCCACAGACCAUCUCAUCACAUCCUACCGCGCUCAUGGCUUUACUUUUACUCGUGGGAUGCCUGUCCGAGAAAUUCUUGCUGAACUUACAGGACGAAAAGGAGGCUGUGCUAAAGGAAAAGGAGGAUCGAUGCAUAUGUAUGCCAAGAACUUCUACGGGGGCAAUGGCAUCGUGGGAGCACAGGUGCCUUUGGGAGCUGGGGUUGCUCUGGCCUGUAAGUAUAAUGGAAAAGAUGAAGUAUGUCUAACUCUAUAUGGCGAUGGUGCUGCUAAUCAGGGCCAGAUAUUUGAAGCUUACAAUAUGGCAGCUUUGUGGAAACUGCCUUGUAUUUUCAUCUGUGAGAAUAACCGCUAUGGAAUGGGAACAUCUGUUGAGAGAGCAGCAGCCAGCACUGAUUACUACAAGAGAGGCGACUUCAUCCCUGGGCUGAGGGUAGAUGGAAUGGAUAUCUUGUGUGUUCGAGAGGCAACAAAGUUUGCAGCUGACCAUUGUAGAUCUGGAAAGGGGCCCAUACUGAUGGAGCUACAGACUUACCGUUACCAUGGACACAGCAUGAGUGAUCCCGGAGUCAGUUACCGCACAAGAGAAGAAAUUCAGGAAGUAAGAAGUAAGAGUGAUCCGAUUAUGCUUCUCAAGGACAGAAUGGUGAACAACAACCUUGCCAGUGUUGAAGAGCUAAAGGAAAUUGAUGUUGAAGUAAGGAAAGAAAUUGAGGACGCUGCCCAGUUUGCCACUGCUGAUCCUGAACCACCCCUGGAAGAGCUGGGCUACCACAUCUAUAGCAGUGAUCCACCUUUUGAAGUUCGUGGUGCAAAUCAGUGGAUCAAGUUCAAGUCUAUCAGCUAAGGGGAAAUUGCAUCUAAUCUAUGGUUAUGCCUUUACUGGGCUAUUCAGCUGGGAGGUGGUCUUGUUUUCUCAAUUCUGUUGAGGAAUUAAACGUUUAAAAAGAAAGCCUGAACUUUCACUAAGUAGCAUGCAGUUUGUACUGUGUUGCAUUACAAAGAUAAUUUUUAGAUGUGUGUAGCUCUAAGAACAGGUAGAGAACAACUCCAUGUCUGUCUGGCCCUUGCAGUGACAUGCAUACACUGAAGCCUAUUUAAAUUGACCAUCCUUAGUAAAAUAUUUAUUAUAACCAAGCAGGAGUGGAAGGACAACUCCACUUUAAAAUGGUUUCUAGUCAAAUAACUUAGUUCUCCAUAUAUAUGUUCAUAUCAAACAUUACAUACAAGGCAUAUCUUUUUCAAAUUUAAGUUCACUGUCACCUAAUGAUCUAUACUCUAUACAGUUUCACUUUUCUUUGUCGAGUAAAUUAAAACUCACUAGGACUUUCCUAAUACUCUGGUGUCACAAAUCCUUCUCACCUUUAAAAUCAGCUGAUUAAAAGAGUAGUCUUUGAAACUUCCAGAAGAACAGUUCAAGCACUUGACUCUUUAGCAACACAACAAAGAUGUCAGCUCCUUGUUCUCUAUCUAAUCUUGAGCUCCAGGAGACCCCUGAGUCCGUCUUCUGUGCUGAGAAACUGCAGUCCAGAGUCUGCAGAGGUGGCCACCACUGCAAAGCAAGCAUCACAAGAGAGAGGUUUGCACAGGAGUACUGACAUCUUGUGUCCUUCCUUACUCUGCCUCUAGGCAGGGAAGAUGGCUCCACUUCUCUCGAUUUUUUUUUUUUUCCCCUGGGAAAACUCAGUUGCGGUAAAGUUGGAUGCUGUGAAGUCAUAGGAAAGCAAAUUAAGGGGUGCGGAGGAGCUACCUGCACUUUGUUUUCUGCUUUGCUUAAAAGCAUAAUCCAUGAGAAUCACUUUGUUUUACGGCUGUUCUUACCGUAGUUUUAGGUAUCUUAGAUCUUCUUUCGUUAUAUCAUUAAGGAUAUCCGAGAGUGUAUAACCCUCUUCCACAAUCUGAAACAGAUCAAGCAUGUAAGAGCCAAGCAGCUUUGUAGUAAGUACAGGAACGAGUUUGCUGGUUAUACAUUUUACCUUUUCAAUUGUAUUUGCGUCCACUCCUUGCAGCUGCAGCCAUUCGACAAGCUCUUUAUCUGCUCUCUGCCCAUGAGACCUAGGAGGGUAUGCCGGUUUCUCUGUAUUCUCUGUAACAGAAUUUUGUUGUUGUAUAUUAAUGUGUAACCAAAAGCAACAAGCUGGAUGAAAUAAACUAUCCCAGAGUAUAAA